UAACUUCGAAGUUAACUUUUCCGAGCGUAUGAAUUUUUUUUUUGAAAUCAACCGUUUCUUUGCCGACACAAGCCAGUGCGAGCUCUAGUUUUGAUUAUGGGUAUUCCCCGAAUAUUCUAUUUUCUUUCUGUUUUGUUUUGUGCUCCAAACAUAUGUUUUCAUUCUUGUCGCAAAUUACCUUGAUUGAAUUGUUCGGUAGCGUUUGAGUUGAUUAGUUGUGAAUUUUUUAUUAAAAAAAUGUCAAAAAUACAGAAAAAACGGCAAAUCAGAUUAAAUUUGCAACAAAAAGUAGAUAUAUUAAGAAAACUUGAUGACGGUAUUGCGGGAAAUCGAAUAGCGCUGCAUUAUGGUGUGUCUAAAGUAGCCAUCAGUAAAAUAAACAAAAAACGCCAAGAAAUUUUAAAAACAGUGGCGGCCACUUAUGAAAGUGCAGAGAAGAAAACACUCCAUAAGUCGGAAUAUCCUGAUCUGGAGGUAAACUUGUACAAUUGGUUCCUGAAUCAACGGCAGCGUAAUUGUACAGUGACUGGUGCCAUCUUAAAAUCAAGAGCUAAACUCGAAUUUGAAAUUCUGUAUCCGGGAAAAAAAUUUAGUGCAAGUGAUGGAUGGCUGGCAAAUUUUAAAAAACGGCACGGUAUUCGCCUUCUCAAAAUUUGUGGAGAAAUUCUUUCGAGCGAUACACCGAAAAUAACUCCGUUUGUACAUAGUCUACGAGCAAAAAUCAAUGAAAUGGGCAUCUCCGACUCCCAACUAUAUAACGCAGAUGAAUCUGGACUAUUUUAUCGUUUAUUACCGGACAAAACAUUUGUCGCAGCAAACGAACAUGCCGCACCGGGAAGAAAAACUGUUAAGGAAAGAAUUACAUUUUUGUUGUGUGCAAACGCAGAUGGUUCGCACAAGUUGAAGCCGUUGGUGGUCGGUAAAUCUGCAAAACCACGUUGCUUUAAGGAAUUUAACAAUCCAUUGGAAUACGCUCAUACAAGCAAGUCGUGGAUGAAUGCACAGUUAUUCUUCAACUGGUUCCACAAUUCAUUUAUAAAACAGGUUCGCAAAUUUUCUGUUGAAAAUAAUUUACCACCAAAGGCAUUGUUGCUAAUAGACAACUGCACGGCACAUAAGCCAAUUGACAGGCUGAAGUCUGACGAUGGAAACAUUGUAGCCAUGCAUCUACCACCGAACGUAACAGCGGCUUUGCAGCCAAUGGAUCAAAAUCCCAUAAGAUUGGUUAAAUUAGGAUAUCGCUCCAAAUUGUUAUGCAACAUUGCCGCGCAAGAAAACGUUCUGGUGGAAAAUAUUUUGAAGGCACAUUCAAUUUGUGACGCCAUAUCGCUACUUAAUUCAGCAUGGGAAGAAUUGCCGCAAUCAAUUCUUAUAAAAGCGUGGAAUAAGAUAAAAAAGUGGGAUGAUGAUCAAUACAAUAGUGAAGAUGAUCUUCCGUUGUCCAAAUUUAUUAAAGCAAACGAUGUUUACGACGAUACAGUUCGAGAAGUUCAAUCGUUAAUGUUGAAAGUGGGAAAUAAUCUUAACAUCAGCAUUGACGAUAUAGAAAAUUGGAACAAGGAUGAAAUUACGGAAGAUAUGGAACAUUUCGAAGUGUGUGAUAGUGACAAUGAUGAUUCAAUUACCGAGGAAGAUAUUCAACAACCGAAA